AUGAGCUCUCCCAACCCCAACCCCGACACCUCUCCCCUCCCCUCCCGCACUCCCACCCCCACAACCCCCACCACCUCCCUCCCUACCCACCCACGCACCCACUCAGGCAUCCCGGAUCUCCCACCCUCCUCCCCCACUCUCCCCCUAACCAUGACCUCCUCCCUCCUACUCACCAAUCUCCCGCGCGACUCCAGCACCGCGCUCGAAUCUGCAUUUGUGUUUCCCACCCCGAAAAUCACAGUGCGGUUUCAGCCGAUUGGGUCGGCGCCCGCGUUGCAGAGACCCGUGUCGAAGAUUAGUUCGACGCAGAGGUUUGAGACGGUCGUGGCGUAUCUGAGGAGGGUGUUGAAGUUGGAUCGGAAUGCGGGGGGAGGGGGAGAGAGGGAAAGUGUGUUUUUGUAUGUGAAUAGUUGUUUUGCGCCGGCGUUGGAUGAGGUGGUGGGGAACUUGCAUAGGUGCUUUAAAGAUUCGAAGGACCAGCUUAUUGUUACCUAUUCGAUGACGCCGGCAUUUGGAUGA